GCUUCCGAGCAGAGGAGAGAGAGAAGAGAGAGAAAUGUUGGGGAAAGGCUUAAAUCACUGCUUCUCUCGCUUCAAGCGCCCUUCCCAUUCUACCCCUCCGCCCAUCACCCAUUCCCUAAAUGCCCCCCGGGCCUCCGCUACUUCGUCUUCCUCCGUGGUCUUUAAAAGUUUCAAUUCCCUCUAUGACCCCGCCGCCGCUACCGCCUCCGACUCCGAAACCCUAAUGCUAACCCUCUCCUCCUCCGCUGCCACCGCCGCCGAGGGCUCCUCCUUCUCCUCCUCCUCUGAUUCCGCCGCCGGCACCACGGCGGCCUACGAGGGCUCCUGCCCCUCCGACCGCGACCUCUCCACUGCCAUCGCCUCCCGCCGCUUCUUCCCAGCCUCCCCCGGCCCGUCGAACUCGAUCGUGGACUCGGCCGCGGUGGCCGUCGGCGUCCUCGGUGCCGGGGUCGCCGUGCCGACGUACUCACCGGACCCAUACUGGGAGUUCCGGCGGUCGAUGGAGGAGAUGGUGGCGGCGCUGGGGCUGGACCUCCGGGCCCAUGCCGCCCAACUCCACGAGCUCCUCCUCUGCUACCUCGCCCUCAACCGGAAGCACGCCCACAAGUACAUCGUCGGCGCCUUCGCCGACCUCAUUCUCGGCCUCGCCGCCGCCGAGACGCGCCGAACCGACGCCUAACCUCCCUUCCUCCCUCCUCCGCCGCCGGAACUAAAGACCGUUGUUAUCCUGCGCCUUCGCCUCUAACCUGCGCUCUUUCUUUGUUUUUUUUUUCCUUUUUUUAAAAAAAAUUUAAAACGACGGUUUGGAUGACUUGCCUUUGUUUUGUAAUCUUAUACGUAAACACGAUCUUUGUACAGCUUCUUUGCGAGAAAAAAUGGUUUUUUUUUUUUGUUUCCUUGUUUUCAAAUGUAAAUUUUUUUAGCAUAGAAUGAUCUCUGCCGUCCAUUUAAA